AUGGUGCGUACUAGCUCACAAUCACAUCCACAAACAACUUCAAAUUCGCUGCAGGAAGAACGACUUAACACGAAGGAUUUGGAGAAAGCCCUCGACACUGUUUUUUCCCUGGGCAAGCCGCGCAGUGAGAGUGGGUCAUUUGCAUUGUUUGAGUAUAUUGUUGAUGCAGGAAAAACCAUAUUAAACCCUUUGCAGUCACGUCAGGAUUUUCAGAAUUUUAUGCAGAGUGACUUUGGGAAACGUGCGUCUGCGCAGUUCUUGAGUUAUUUGGAUGCUGACGGCGAUGGACGUGUCACUCCGCGUGAUUUUCAAGUGAUGUACGACCGUGACCUGAAUAACUUUCUUCGACGCCAUCAGCGCACGCUGGACAGUGCCCUGCCUUUAAUUGGUCAGUGUGCAUUUGGCUUCACUGUGGGGUUUGUUGCUGGCAGAGUGGCGCACCGGAUGUACAAGAACAAGGUACUUAUCUUGACAUCCUCCUUUGUGCUCUACAGCGGGCUUCAGUUCCUGGCACAGAUGAACUUUGUUAAUCAGAAUUUGCUUGAGGCUGCUUUCCGAGAAAAGUUGCGGCAACUCGCUGACACAAACGGUGAUGGGGAGAUAAACAGAGAAGAUCUGAAUUUUCUGGUCGAGAACCGAAUGCGGUACGUCGCUACAAAGUUGGGACCUGGCGGCAUUGCCCCGGGUGUGGUGGGCUACGCGACGCUCGGCAUUGGCCUUUUGCGUGGAAUGCGACGAAUCUAG